UACAAACAAGUGGAGCAGUAUAUGUCCUUCCACAAGCUGCCUGCUGACUUCCGACAGAAAAUCCAUGACUAUUAUGAGCACAGAUACCAGGGCAAGAUGUUUGAUGAGGAAAGCAUCCUGGAAGAGCUCAGCGAACCACUCAGAGAGGAAAUUGUUAACUUCAACUGCCGUAAGCUAGUGGCGUCUAUGCCGCUGUUUGCCAACGCUGAGCCAAACUUUGUCACAGCAAUGCUGACUAAGCUACGUUUUGAGGUAUUCCAGCCUCAUGACUACAUCAUAAGAGAGGGUACCAUUGGCAAAAAAAUGUAUUUCAUCCAGCACGGCGUAUGCAGUGUCAUCACCAAAGGCACACUUGCUAUGAAGCUGUCAGAUGGCUCGUAUUUUGGAGAGAUCUGCUUAUUGACAAGGGGUCGACGGACAGCCAGCGUGAGAGCAGAGACAUACUGUCGCCUCUAUUCUUUAUCUGUUGACAACUUCAACGAGGUGUUAGAAGAGUAUCCCAUGAUGAGAAGAGCCUUUGAAACUGUUGCCAUUGAUCGUCUAGACCGUAUAGGUAAAAAGAACUCAAUCCUGAUGCACAAAGUUCAGCAUGAUCUCAAUUCUGGCGUAUUUAACAACAGAGAAAACGAGAUGAUCCAGGAAAUAGUCAAGUAUGACCGGGAGAUGGUGAAACUGGUGGAUCUGCAGCGGCCAAGGGCCAUGUCUAUGACCCCAACUAUAGGUGGGAUCUUUGCUCCUCCAGGACAGCCUCAGACGGGCUCCGCAAUUGCCACCCUCCAGCAAGCUGUGGCAAUGAGUUUCUGCCCUCAGAUGGCAAGUCCUUUGGUGGGUCCUGGGACUUUGCAAUCUCCACGUAUGGUGCGAAGGUUCCAGGUGAUGCAGAACUUAUCUAGUCCAGUCUCAAUGUCUCCUCUGCAGUCUCAACCUCCCCAAACAUUUGGAGGGGCAUUUGGAUCUGCUAUUUCAAGCCCCCCAGUCCAAAGCCCACUUACAGCUACCGGACGGACUUUUCAGUACAUGGCAAGUGUAGGACCAUCUGGGUCUCAGCUUUCCCUUGUCCAGCAUCACGCACCCAGCCCCACGCAGACCACACAGCAAAGGCCUGUCUCAUACAAGAGUACCCACUCCCUUCAUGCAGGUAGUUUGAGUCAGGACACCCGAGCCCUGUCUGCCUCCCAACCUUCACUCCCCCAGGAAGGAACACCACAGGCUUCCUCUGCAGCCCCUAGUCCCCCACCUUCAACCCGCACUUCCAACUCCUCCAUUGGCCCCCAACAACCCCCUCACCACAACCUACCGGGACCCUCAGGUGUGGGGAGAUCGACUGGAGCCCAGCAGAGGGUGGCCUUUGCCUCCACACCUCCUCCAGGUGGACCUACUGGAGUGGGGGCAGUAGCAGCAGCUGCUGGACCAGGACCUCCAGACUCUGGAGUUCUCAAGAAAGAUUCGAUUGUCAGCCUUCCGGAGCUAGACUCUGCCAGAUCCCGGCUGUCUUCCAACUUGUGACCCUAGUGGAGUUCAGUAGAGAGGCCUUUUUUUUGUAGGAGAAUCUGUUUGGUUAAGGUCAGUUCAGCUGAUCAUUCCGCUUGUGACCAAUCAGCUACUACCAGUGCCACCAGUCAUUCAACCUGGAUGCACUGUGUGCUGGAGUCAGUAGAAAGAAAAGAGCUGCUCAAAGUAUUACAAUACUUUGGCUAUGGGGAGUCACUAUGAUUAUACUAGUAUAUAAAAUUAAGGUUGAACUUGUCUGGUCUGCUGUGCCAGCACCUUUAGUCUUAGUAUCACCCCUUUCACUCUGCUUCCAAACACCUACUGCAUAUCGCUGUCUUUCCUGUAAAGAUAUGACGAAAAGUGUGAUUAAUGUACCAAUUACAUACUGUGUAGAAUCCAUGCAAUGCAAUCUAGCAGGAGCUUGACUCAAAAAUGAAAAUCAGGGACUUGAGGUCAAAUGACAAUUACAUUUUAAGCGUUCAAAGUGUUUUAAUUGUCAUUUUUUUUUGGUAUAAGCUGUCGUAGCAAAGCAACAUCUUCAUAUUGUUUAAACCUGUAGUGGAGUUAGUGUUUUAGACCGCUGGUCGAUCUUACAUCAUUGUGUAUAUAGUUGACGAAAAAAGUUAGGAACAUUAUAUCCAUUGUAUCUACCCAAAACCAAAGUUGAGCUUGAACACCAAGUCUGGUCGUGUCUGUAUCAACUAAAAAAGAAACAUAGAAGAAAACGCCAUUUAUUUAACUGCCUUGAUUCAACGUUAGAAGCCAUAUAUUUCGUUUGUGUGUAUGCAUAUUUGUGUGUGUCCUCCGUGUGCGUGUGCCUGUGUGUGUGCACGUGCAAGAGAGAUUUUGUUGAUACGUUCUGGUUCAAUUUUUCACAGAAGGGACUCAUGCACUCUACAACGUCGUCAAGUAUGACUGUUUAGACAUGCUGACGGUGGCACUGCCCUGUUUUCAUUAAUCAUCUGGAAAGAGGUCAGCUGUUUUUUCAACAUACUGAUUGUAACCCAAAAGGCAAAGAUGGUUUAAUAAUCUGAGCUUUACUGAAAGGAGGCAUUUGGGAACAACCCAUACUGUAUACUUGCUUGUUUCUGUCUAGGUUAAAUGAUUAACACAUGCAAUAUAAUUCUGCAAUACUCUACCCCGCCUAUAUAUAUAAAUAUAUAUAUAAAUAUGAAUAUCUAUACUUAUUCUGUACAGGAAAGUGAACUUGUUUCUGUAUGUAUUUUUUUUGUUUGAUUUUUAAUGUGAAAUCUUAAAGAAUCCAGCAGCUAUUGUGGCUAAACUUGAGGUAUUGUAAUCCAGUGACCAUGUUGUUACCUUAACCAAAAAUGUGUGAGGGAAUGAAAGGGUAUGUUGCUGUAUUAUUUUUGUGUUGAAAAACGAAACACUCUCAUCUGAAUGCUUACCACUGGUUUAAAGACACGGAAUGGAGUCCACCUGAGUCAGCAAAUCAGACCAUCAAAAGGAAAUGUCACCCGAAAAGCAUUUUUCAAAUGUUGAAAAGUGUAGGGGUGGCCAUUAUGGGGUACAGAAGCCUUAGUUGUAAAAAAGUCACCUAAAACUUUGGUGAAUGUCUCCGCUUGCAGGUCCACAGGUAAAUUUUGGUUGAAAGUGUGAGAAUAUGUCGAGGCUUUGAUAAUAUUUAUUCGAAACAUCCUGAUCCUGUUCAUCCUAAAACUCCUUCUACUGCUGAAUGUAUGCCAUACGAGAAGGAAGAUAGGUAAUCCGUUUUAACUGCCAUGUAAAUAAAGGGACAGAGGAUUUUGUGAUGCAAGGGGGGGCUGGGCAUUGGUGUAUGAGAUGCUGAGUGUCUGUGUGAUCUUUUUUUUAAAGCCUUUUUUAUGUUAUUUGGGUUAGGGAUUGCUGUAUUUACCAUUUAUACUACCCCCCUCCCCAUUAAUGAAUAUUUAAAGGAGAGGUUUUAAAGAAUUGCUGAAAUGGGCAUGAAUGAGAGUAUGCUGGAAUCUCUCUGUGCAAAGUGAGAAAUGAGGACAACCACCUAAGCACCUUGUGUUGCACUAUGAUCUUGUAAUCAAAAACAAAAUCAAUGCUCUGUUCUCUUAAAACUGUUGUCGCACUUCUUCUGGACCCGUUAUCUGGUUAAACUGUAAAGACAAAAUAAAGGUGAAUUCAAUUGGGGUAAAUAGGCAGCUGGUUCAUUGUGUUAAAUAAACACAGUGGCCAAGUUUUUCUGCUCUGAUAUCGAUCCAGAGCCAAACUGUAAAUCUAUCUGAUGUACAUUUCACUCAGGUUACUACCUUUCCACAGAGAUGUAUUGAUUGCCACAAUGUGGCUCUCCAUUGAUUUAUGUAGACAUGUCUAUUUCCAUAUUUUGAGCUUGUUGAUUUUAACACCCUGGUUGAUUCAAAUUGGCAUAGAAAUGGGAAUUAAUAACCCUAAGAUUGUUGUCAGCUUUACUGCCUAAGGUUCUUGAUCUCUCACUUUGAGUUGUUAAAAAAUAUGAGUUGGUGAUUGUGUUUAUCCAAGGGCUUCAUUCUCAGGCUUGUGAACCCUAGGUCAUUGUUAUACAGCUCCAUCUCAAUAAAAUCAAAUGUGAUCCAAAAGUAAAUUAUUUGAGUAAUUUAAAUAAAAAACUGAAACUUGCAGAAUGAAACAUUUCCCACAAUUAUGAUGAUUAUAGCUUCAAGCUAAUAAAAACCUGAAAUUUUAUUUCUUGGAGAAUUUGAAAAUGAUUUAGGGACCAACAUAAUGGAUGUUAAUACAUAAAAAUCAGUCUGCUAAAACAAAGCCUUUCAUUGUACUGUGCUCUUUCAGCAUGAUAUAUUUGUUUCAGACUAAUUUUUUAAUGUAUAUUUGCCUCAGUUCAGCAUAUGGAAGUGGUCAGCAUUUGGAUCUGCUGAUUUCAAGGAAGCCAUGUUUAAUAACAUGUCUUUUCUUGUGUUGUGUCUUUUGUCCUCCUCUAAAAAAUUGAUUUUCUGUGGAGUUCAGGUCAGGGCACUGUGCUGGUCUAUCAAGACCAGUAAAACCAAGGUCAUUGAACGGGUAUUGAUUUUUAUUGUUAAUAUAGGCAGGUUCCAAGUCACCUGCAGAUGAAAUGGCUCAUCAGAUUAUGGACACUUCAUCUUGAACUGCAAAAAAAUUGGAUUUCGUGCCUAUUCAACUAUUCCUCCAGACUUUGUUUUGUCAAUUCCAUGGUAAAUGGUAUGUACUUAUAUAGCGCUUUUUCAAGUCAGGAGACUUGACCAAAGCGCUUUACACUACAUUCAGUUAUUCACCCAUUCAUGGACACACUGAUGGUGGCAAGCUACAUUGUAGCCACAGCUGCCCUGGUGCUCACUGUGACAAUGCAAGUGAAGUGUCUUGCCCAAGGACACAACGACAAAAAAAGUCGGAGCCGGGGCUUGAACCGUCAAUCCUUCGAUUUCAGAGCAAACUCCUACAUCCGAUGCUACUGUCGCCCCAUUCCUUCAAGAUAAAAGAACUCAGAACCACAUAGCACAGAGCGUCUUUGAUAUCUCUGGGUCAGGACGUUAAAGAGGAAAUAAACAUUUUUUAGUUUUUUUUUUUUAGUGGCAUUUUUUUAUCUCCAGGAUAUGUCUCUAUGUGGUGGCUCUUGAGGCCCUGAAAUUAAUGCAUUUGUGUUUGGUGCCUAUGCAUAUGACAAUUCCUCCUGGGGAAUAAAGAAAGUUUCUAUCAUAACUAGUGUCAUCUGCAUCACAGAGUCUAGACCUGGUCCAAGCCUGUAAAAUUCAAAUCUUGAAUGGGGUUUUCUUUAGAAUUGUCUCUGGCACUGGUAGUGGCACCACUCGCUACCUCAUUUUUUCCCCCACUCAACUUUCAAUUGAUAGGCAUGGUCAUAAUUUCCCACACAGUCAACUGUUUUAACAGUGACUUUUGGUGGUUUACAGCUCUUGAAGGGUGUUAUUGACACAUGCUUUCUAAGUCAUCCAUCUUAUGUGUCAUACAUUUCUGAGAGACUGAAUUAUUCGUUUUGAUUAGCAACAAGCUAUAAUCAUCAAAACUGAAGCAAAAGCUUGAAAUUUUCCUUUGAAUGUAAUGAAUCACCUUUUAAAUUAAAGAGGAGUGGAACAGACACCUUCUCUGUUUCACAGAAAAGCCUGCGUUAUUUGUGUUUUACCGGAGUCAUAAAACAAUUUCCCCAACUUAUCAGUGAAACAUGAACUAUGAAUAGAUUUUUUUUCCUAUGGGAAAAGUAUACACCAACCCUGUUCUGAAUGAAGUCUAUCUCAAGCAGUGUUAUGUGCGCUUCAGUACUGUUCUGUCUGAUUAAUUGGUCCUUCCCCUUAUUUCUUUUUGCUAAUACCAGAGUUUGCCCUGUUAAGCUGCUAUCAAGACUGUGCAGAUAUCUGAAUGAGUCCACAGUCGGCGAGAGCAAGAUGAAUGGAGAAUUAAAGAGCUAAUGUUUCAGGCAAUAUCAGGCACCGUCUCUGUUUCAUUGCAUCUACAUGUAGUGUGUAAUUCCCUCCCAAUCAAAGAAUGGCAUUUGAGAAACUCUGAACGGCUCCCCUCAGUUUGAACCCUCAGCCGUGGGCCUGAUACAGCUCUGGCCAAGCACACACUGCCAGUUUAUCUGUUUUUGUGUUUGUCUCACGAGUUGUUCAGUGUGUUGGCAUCAAGCUGCCGUAGAGACAUGUGUGCUGUGUUAGCCUAAUGGCAAGCGGGUUCAAAGCAUGAUCGUUUAAUAAUUCUUCUUCUGGACUUUGCUGUGAAGAGGGAAUGAAUUCCUUCACAUCUGUUUGGCACUGACUGACAAUUAUUGAGAAUCUCAAAGCUUCAAGCCUCUCACUCUUGCUGUACCAGAUGUUAAGGGUACUGAAUGCCUUGGUGUUGAUUUGUUAGCAAAUCAGGGUCUUAAGUUUGUCUGUUCUCUCUGAUUUAUCAGUCUGUUUAAUUUGGGUGUAGUUCUAUCGUUUAUAUUAACAAUGUGCCCUCUGCACAUGGACUGUAUAUACCUUGUGCCUAGUACAUCUAGUUUCCACAUAGUCUAUUUUGUGGUAUGUAUGUGCCUGUAAAAAUGCAAACAUGUGUUUUUAUUUCCAACUUGCAAUAUAUGUACAAACCAUUAGAUGACUAGUAUUGCUAAAUUAUAAUGACAAUGUCAGUAUAUAUAAUUUUCCCUGAUAAGGGAAACACAAAAUUGCACAUUUUAUGUUGGGUUGAACCUUCCAACACCAUGCGCGCUGUACUCUGUACGUUCAUGUUCUGUACAUAUGGUAUACACAGAGAUGUGGGGCACCCUGUCGGGGUUUCACCACAACCUGCUAUAUACGCAUCAUUUCUAAAGUGAGAGGGUUAGCUCCUGGUGGAUAGCAACAGUCUAGAUGUUAGCAUAGGAAAUCUGCUUGAGCCAAAAACAGCAGAAGUUAACAAGGAAAACAGUGCUAAUAUUUGCACAAAAUAUGAAAACAAAACAAACAGCAACAAAAAAAGACAAAAAAAAAUAAACAAAACAAUAGGCUGUGCAUAUGCUGGAAAAUCAUCAGAUUUUGCCGUCGCGCAGCUUUUCACAUUGAUGCCGGCUGCACACUGAUCUGGUGUUGGCUGUUACAGGGAAAAAUAAUUAUCUCCAAGACUAAGUCUAGCUCUUGAGCCACAGCAAGUCUUAAACAUGACUCCCAGAUGAGUUAGCUGGCAGAUAAAGCAGAGUGCAUGCCUGUAUUUUUCUCAUUUUUAGCAGAGUUCUGUGUAUGAUUGUUGUGGGACCUUCAAAUCUAGAAAAUUGCUGUGUACCAACUACUGUACAAUGAUUUUUUUUUUUUGUCUUAAAGUUUAACUUUUGUGUCGUAGCUACUGUAGCCUGCUUAACUUACCUAAGCCUUCUCUCUGCUUCAGGACUCUGUGUGCUUGAGUUUGUAUGUGUGCGUGUUCCUGUGCCUUUCCUUCUAUAAUGUUGGUCCCACUUGAGAAUAUGAUGCCAUUUAGGGGGUUGAAGCCCACAUGAAGCUGAGAAAUGCCAGCACAAAUAAUAACAAAGAAAUCAUUGCUAAAUGGUCUCAACCGCAAUUGUUUUAGAAAUAAAAAACUAUAUUGAAAUGCUCUAUAGAACUGACUCUAGCACAUCCUAGACUUAGUAGCAUUCCUCAGCCUGCACGAACGGCUCAGUGUGGGGAUCCAGACACACUUUACCAGCACCAUGUAGACGACAGCACAGAUCUCUAAAACAGCACGUCUCCUCUCUAUGAAAGCCAGUCUGCAAACAUCUCAGGCUGUGCUCGGCUUCUGCUUAUACAAAAAACAAAAAGGUUUAAGUAUUAAUUGACUAACCCUGUUUUAAGUUAAUGUUUAUAUUUCAGUGACAACUCAGUCCCCAGCCCCAGCCACAGCACUACCAAAUUAGUCAAAAAGGAUGAGGGGGGUCUUUAGUAAAUCUGUGUUGGAUUCCAAUCUCUCCAGAAUGGACUGCUAGCUAGUGGCUGGGGUGAUGGACUGAUUUGGUCCUGUGUUCAAAAGGCUGUCUUGUCCACCACCUCUGUUGACCAACAGCACAGAGCCACACCCUGGUUUAUCUCAAUAGCUGGUCUGUCAGUCAGUGGCAAUGUUGUUUCAGCAUCAAUAAACAGACAUAAAAUACCUUGUUGUGCAAUAAAAAGAUGAGCGCAUUG